UCUGGUGGCCCUGAUUAGAUGGUUAAAGCCUAUCAUCUCCUCUGUACAAAAUGCUGAUCUCUGAGUCCCUUUCACUACCCUUUUGGGUCUCUUUUUCGUUUGUCCAUUGUAGAUAACAGCAGAUUCCUUCCCCUCUUUUUUAUUUUUUAAAUUAAUGAAUGUAUAAAAUACUUUUUAAAUUUUUUUUUUCUGGAGUUUCUAGAGAAAUUAAACAAAUCAAACAGAAGGGGGCAUCAUUGUUUUAAUGUUUCUUGCGGUUGUGUUGCUUGUCAUGAUGUUGAUGAGUUGGUUUUCUUUGGGUUCAAGGGAAAUAACGCUUUUCUUGGUUCCUGUUCAUGCCUAAUAAUCUCCAUCAUCGUCGUCAUCGUCAUCUUCUACUUCUCGUUGGUUCUGUUUCUCUCGUUUGGUUUCUGGGUUUUCUUCAGAAUUUAGAUUACUGUUUCUUGGCAUCACUUCUUUGUUGGGUUUCAAGUGCAAAGGAUUCAAAUUUUCCAAGAUUUUCAUCUCUGAUGGAAACUGCAGAUGAAAAUAAUCUCUACUUUUGAAGUUCAGAGUGACAUGACGAUUGGGGUUUGUGCUAAUUCACUUGUGCUUCAAUCGUGUCUGUUUGUUUUAUCUGCAACAGUAUUGAUCGUAAGCGGGUAGUGAUUCCUUGUUUUUUGAAUCUUAAAUGGACUUACCCUCGAAGCAUCCAAGAUUCUUUGGCAGACAUUUGAAUUCUGUGGCAUGUAAAUGCGUUGCUUUGGUUGUUAUCUUGCUGUUUCUUAGGGUUGUACUGCUUCCUUCAUUCUCUGGUUUUGAUAGCAUCAAUCAUAAUAAUGCCCAAUUGACUCGUAGCCGCUCUCUGUCAUUGGAAUCUAAGUAUGGAAUUCGUAGAGAUAAGUUCCUGGAGGUUCCUCAGAUAGUUUGGGGACUUAACAAUCAAAAGAUAGCAUUUGCAAGAGCUAGUCUCACAGCUAGAAUGCUGAACAGAACUCUUUUAAUGCCCAGCUUGAGUGCUUCGCUGUUCUAUAAGGAACUAGAUCGCUUGCAGCCUAUUUCCUUUGACAAGGUGUUCCAAUUUGAGAGGUUUAAUUCUCUUUGUAAUGGGUUUGUACAGUUGGGCCAGUAUUCUUUUCUUAGAAAUCAGACUGGAGUUUCUGAGCUUCAGAAAGGAAGUGGAAGGAAGUGGACAAUAGAGAGAGAUUUGGAUCAGUUGAGACAAUUUAGCAAGGACCCAUACGAUAAAUAUGAGGUUAUUCGAAUAGUUGGAAAAAACCCAUUUCUGUGGCAUGAUCAUUGGCCGGUUAAGGAUUAUGCCAGGGUCUUUGAAUGCUUGGUUUUGGUUGAAGAGAUAGAAAGGGAAGCAUCUAAAGUUGUGGCAAAAAUUAGAGAAGUAGGAAGAGAAAUAAGUGGCCAAACUAAAUCUGGUCAAAAUAGUAUUGAUUCAGAUGGUUCUUCAUUGCAGGCGGUGCCUUAUGUAGCAGUUCAUAUGAGGAUAGAGAUAGACUGGGUGAUCCACUGUAGGAAGUUAGAACAAAGGUCAAAAAUGAGCCAAAUUUGUAGUAGCAAGGAGGAGAUUAUGGAGCGAGUGGGGAACAUUGCGGGCCUGAAAGCUCCUAUGGUUGUUUAUCUUGCUGUCGCUGAUAGUCUUCUUGAAGAUCCUUCUAUACUCACUGGUUGGAGGGAUGGUUUGCUUCCUUUUGAGAAGAAGAAACUGAGAGUUGAUGGAAUUUACAAGAAGCACCCAUAUCUCAUUCAAUCAGCAAUAGAUUAUGAAGUGUGCUUAAGGGCUGAUGUAUUUGUUGGGAACAGUUUCUCAACAUUUUCAAGCCUCAUUGCUCUUGAGAGAACACAGAAGAUGAUUAGAAUGGGCAUCACAAGUUCGUGUGGCACACAUGUGAGAUGGCCUUCUUAUGCAUAUAAUAUACUAGGUGAAUCAAAUGGACCUCAAAGAUGGAUGACAAAUAUGUCUGAUUCAAGUCUUAAAGCAAUCAGCUAUGGUACUAAUAUCAUCUCCUGCUGAAGGUAAUGGCAAACAAUUCCUGGUUGGCUGCUAAACUUUGAAAAACUGCUAGUUGAAAAUUUUCUGGUAUACUUUUGACAGUUCUUUUUUCUUUUGUGUAAAGAAAAUCUAGAACAUAGAAUGUCAGGAUACUAGUUAGCACCAAAUUGACUAGGUUUUUAUUCUUGUAAUUUCCUUUGCCUAAAAUUUGCUAAUUUAUUGAUUUUUUUUUUCUUUUGC